AUGCGUCCGAAAUGGACGGCCCUCGCCGUCCUGACCCUCGGCACGGCGGCGACGGCCUUUGCCCAGCAGCCCUCGAACUCCGGGAAUUCCAGUCUCUAUCUACACGACAACCCGGAUUGCGCUCUACCGUGCUUCCUGACAGGCCUCAAUCAGACGGAAUGCCACACGACAGACCAACAAUGCCUGUGCCAGGACGAACACUUUCUCCAAUUCGUGCAAGGCUGCGUCAUCACGAGCUGCCCGCUGAAGUACGCUCUAGAAUCUCAGAACAUCACCUGGACGGCGUGCGACUUCCCAUUGCAUAGCGGCGAGCCGGCCACGAGAAUCGCUCGCAUCGUCAUCUUCAUACUGCUACCGACGUUCUCCCUCGUGAUCCGGAUCAUCACCAAGCUUGCGAGGCUGUCUACAUGGGGCCUCGAUGACUACACAAUAAUAGUGGCAUACGUAAGUGAAAAAAGGCCAGCUUUACCCGGGUGGGAGGGGGAGGAGGGAGGCCGUGGGUUGAGACGAUGCUGA